CGGACGGACAGACUGCCCCCGCCGGAAUGGGGGGUGUGGCUGCUCCGCCGUGGUCCUCCGGGUGGGAGAGCGGCUCUGCGACCACCGGUGGCCAGAUCCCCUCUGCCCUCUGCUAGAGAUGCUCUUCCUGUCGGCUCCUGGGAAAGCUGGUGCUGCUGCUGCCUGAUUCCCGCCGACAGACCUUGGGACCGGGGCCGGCGCUGGCGGCUGGAGAUGGCGGACACGAGAUCCGUGCAUGAAACCAGGUUUGAGGCGGCGGUGAAGGUGAUCCAGAGUUUGCCGAAAAAUGGUUCAUUCCAGCCAACAAAUGAAAUGAUGCUCAAGUUCUAUAGCUUCUAUAAGCAGGCAACGGAAGGACCCUGUAAACUUUCAAGACCUGGAUUCUGGGAUCCCAUUGGAAGAUAUAAAUGGGAUGCUUGGAGUUCACUGGGUGACAUGACCAAAGAGGAAGCCAUGAUUGCGUACGUUGAAGAAAUGAAAAAGAUACUUGAAACCAUGCCGAUGACUGAGAAAGUAGAAGAAUUGCUGCAUGUCAUAGGUCCAUUUUAUGAAAUCGUGGAGGACAAAAAGAGUGGCAAGAGUCCUGAUUUAACCUCAGUCCGACUGGAGAAAAUCUCUAAAUAUUUAGAAGAUCUUGGUAAUGUUCUAACUUGUACUCCAAACGCCAAAACUGUUAAUGGUAAAGCCGAAAGCAGUGAUAGUGGAGCCGAGUCUGAGGAGGAAGAUGCUCAAGAAGUGAAAGGAGCAGAACAAACUGAUAAUGAUAAGAAAAUGAUAAAGAGAUCAGAUGAUAAAAGUGUGGAAAUCAUUGUCACCAAUGGCUAUGAUAAGGGCAACUCUGAUGAGGACACACAGAAUGACAGUCACGCCAGCUCUUCCCUGGGUGGCAGAAGCACUGAUGAAAUAAAACCCACAGGUCAGAACUUGGAGCACACUGGAAAAACUGCUCUCCGCACUCACCAAGGUAUAAAUGAUGAUCAUGUUGAAGAUGUUUCAGGAAUUCAGCAUUUGACAAGUGAUUCAGACAGUGAAGUGUACUGUGAUUCUAUGGAGCAAUUUGGACAAGAGGAGUCUUUAGACUGCUUUCCAUCAAACAAUGGACCAUUCCAAUAUUACCUGGGUGGUGAUGCCAGUAAGCCCUUGGAAGGUUCUGGUUUUCCUGAAGACGGUCAAGUAUCUCCUCCUAGACAUGGCAGCACUGGGAAUUUGCAUGUGGUGGCAGUUGAAGGAAAAGGUGAAGUAAAACAUGGAGGAGAAGAUGGCAGAAAUAACAGUGGAGCACCACACCGUGAAAAGCGAGGUGGAGAGAAUGAGGAAUUGUCUAACGUCAGAAGAGGGAGAGGGCAUCGAAUGCAACAUUUGAGUGAAGGAACCAAGGGUCGGCAAGUUGGGAGUGGAGGUGAUGGGGAACGCUGGGGCUCAGACAGAGGGUCGCGAGGCAGCCUCAAUGAGCAGAUUGCUCUAGUCCUCAUGAGGUUGCAGGAGGACAUGCAGAACGUCCUUCAGAGACUUCAUAAACUGGAAACACUAACCGCUUCACAGGCAAAAUUGUCAACAUUACAGACUAGUAGUCAACCUUCCUCACAGAGACCAUCCUGGUGGCCCUUUGAGAUGUCUCCUGGUGCAUUAACUUUUGCUAUCAUAUGGCCUUUCAUUGCCCAGUGGUUGGUGCAUUUAUAUUAUCAAAGAAGGAGAAGAAAACUGAACUGAAGAAAAUGGUAUUUUAUUCAAGAAGAUUACUGGGCCUGGAUGACCUCAGGAUGAAAUGGAUUGUGGUGUUCGCAAGAAAGCUCUUAGUUUGUGAUGAUUACAUUUCUUUCCAUUGUCUGGCAGUUUGGUUUGUGUACAUAUAUACAUACACAUAUUUUGCACUACACAAAUGACAUCGUUUUAAGGACUAAUAUUGCUGAUACUUGAAUAAUCAAUCUCAACUAGGUUAUAAGUAGCAUACAUAGAUUUACCCUACCCUUGAACUUGAAGGACAUUAAAUUAUUAAUUAUUGUUUGGUAACACAUUUACCUGAUUAUCUCCCAUAGAGAAUAUAAGCUGCUUUUCUAAGGUACAGAUAAUGAGAUCAGAUUUCUAAGUGGGUAUUUUAAAUUUUCUAAAUUAAUAUGAGGAAGAAUGCAAACCAGGAGUGAAUUUCAAAUGACAUUAAAGCAACUUUUACAUCUUAGUCACAGAAUUGCCAUGCUAAAUGGUAGGAAACUACUGGAAGGAUCUUCACUUUCACUUUGGGGACUGCCCAUUAUCUUUCGUGGGCAUUCACAGCUGUGAGUUUGGUGUUGAGGCAUCAUUAUUAAAAUCAGAGCCCUGUGUACUAAUAGAGCCCUCUGUAUUAUGCUUAGUUUUUACAAAUGAUUCACAGGACGGACAACACCUGCUGAAGGAAAUGAAGAAUGGGCUUCGUAUAGAUUUAAAAGGGUGUUCUGCACCUGCAGAUGAUUAAUAAGAUUUUUAUUGAAUCAUAUACAUUUAUUCUUUCAUAAUCAUUUUUUUCUUUAACUGAGGUAGGUUAUCUAGUGUCUGCUUCAUAGGGUGCUUUGAAAUAUAAAAUGAAAACUUAUUUAUACUCUUUUUACAAAGAUCAAAAGGAAACACAUGAAAAUCACUUUUCUGCAUCUGGUAAAACUAUAGAGAUUGGACUCUUACCUCUUUGUGCCUCAGUUUUUCCUUCGGGGUAUAAUAUUUGCCAUAUACCUACUUCAUGUGUACUGGAAGGACUUGCAAGCUAACAGGCCAUGUGCUUCCAUCUGAAUAAGGCAUGCCCAGCUAGUGGAAAUUUAAGUCCCUUCACCCCACAUCUCACAUUUAGAGCAAAAAGGUCUAAUUUAGACCCCUGAAGGUUUUGGGAAAUCAUUCUUCCUGUAUAUCUUGCAAAACCUCUUCUUUUAGGUGCAAUUUGUUCUUCAAAGAUUUUGUUGAUUUGAAGGCAAAUGUAGAAAAUAAUUUCUAAGCAUUCUUGAUAUGUAUGAUGAGUUUAGCCUCAUGUAGUUUUUUUGUUUUUGUUUU